AUGAUAACUUUUGGAAAGAUUGAAAAAGCCCCUGAACAUUCUUUGUCUGAAAAAAUCCUGUACACCGCCAGGCCAGCUGGCCUCUGGCAGCCGCCCAUCUCACGGCAUCCCCACCGCGGCUCCGCUCGCAGCUCCCCCGGCCCCCGCCGCCUCCUCCAGCAGCCGGUGCCCCCGCUGCCCUGCGGGCCCGGCCACCCCUGCCCCCCGGGGACCGUGCCCCCCAAGCGGCCCCACUGCGACCACGGACAGUGCCCGAGCCAGGCGGGUUUGCCAAGUGCCUUCGAGCUGUUGGGAAAGCUCGGCCUCACCCCUUGGCACCGAACCCAGCAGCCCGGCCGGGCGCAGGGGAGCGGAGCGGGGCGGAGAGACCCGCUCGGCGGAGAAGCCUCCGCUAAGAGAGGGAAGGAGGAGGCCGCGGCCAACCCCGAGCCCCAGCCAGUCACCGCCACCCCGGAGCACCCACCUCACACCGUCCCCACCGGCUACCACCGUUCCCAGGCUGCCGGCCGGACCAUGGCAGCGGCCCCGCCGGAGGCUGCUCCUGGGGCCGCGGCGGAGCGCAGAGAGGAAACCUCCCGCCUCUCCUCCGCCGCGGCGGGGAGGCUGGAACCGCAGCACCCCGGCUCCUCCCGGCACCAGGCGCGGCAAACAGAGCCCGGCCCCUCGCAUGGCCCAAAUAGCGCCCGGCCGCCGCACCGCUCCGCCCCCCGGGGCCGCGCCGGGCCGGGCCGAACCCGCUCCCCGCCCCGGGUCCGGCCGCGGGGUGGAGCGAGCGGCGGCCCCGCCCCGGCCCGCCGAGCCGCGGGCAGGUCCGCGUGUCCCGCGGGUGGAGAGGAGCCUCGGGCAGCGAGCAGUGCUUCUGGGUGA